AUGUCUUCGCCUAAAAACGACAUUCUCGUCGAAAUUCCUAACGAGGAUUUGCCAAAAUUGGCUCUUUUGUAUCAGAAGCAUGUGGAGUGGGCCCCUCAUGUAUUAAAUUUAAUUAAAACUGGAAUUUGGCUUAAACAGUCUCACAAGUAUUGUAAUUACAUUACAUUUUUAUCUGUUGACACAACCUGGAUGAAUGAUGGCACAAUAAUUAUCUUACAAACGUUUCAUUGUUACAACAUAUUUGUUUUUACUUUGGACGAACGUUGCCUAAAUUUACAUCGAGGUCUUACUUUAACAAAUCUUAUAAAUUACAAAAAUAAACACGCUGUGUUUUUUUGUGUUCAUGAAAAACACAUUCCUGUUAUAAAUCAAGUGAUUGCAGACUUAAAUUUCAAAGCUUCAAAAUCCCAUGUGCCGUAUUUAAUCUACGCAUUGGAGCCACAACGUGGCCUCUCCUGCAGGACACCUACAGGUGUCAAUGUGCAAAAAUUGCACCUAGGAUUGGUGGACGCGAUUAAUUCUGCGUGGCCUUACAGUUUUAAAGGCUCAAGAGAGCAUAUUUCUUCUCUUAUUGAAACGUAUGGGGGCUACGGAUUGUUUCUUGAAGAAACGAACGAAAUGGUAGCUUGGAUUUUGAGAUAUAAUUUGGGUCACAUUGGAAUUCUUCAAACGAAGGAAAAAUACAAGAAAAAUGGUUACGGGACGCAUGUGACCAAAGUUAUGGUCGAUAAUAUUGUCCAAGAGGGAAACUGGCCGUUUGCAACUAUAAGCGCAACAAAUUUUGUUUCGAUUUCUUUGUUUGAAAAGUUGGGGUUUGAAAAUAUCGGUGAAUGUGCAUAUUUUAAACUUUCGGGAUUUAAGGUUUAAGACACUUUAAUGUUGUUAUUACGGCAACUAGAAAAAACGCAUCACAAGAUUAAGCAAAUAAAAAAUGAGUUUAUUUAA